GGCACUGAGGCGGGGCCAUGCCUAGGGCUGGGGAUCGCAAAGGGAGAGCACUGCCAGUGAUGUGUGCGCGUCCACCCAUUUGGUGCUCACAGGAUUAGACUGGAGCGGGCAAUAGAAGUUCUUCCCGACGCCGGGACCCGAACUCCUGGAGCCAGGGGAGAAGCAGGGCGUGAAGUUUCUGGUGGCCUGAGCGCCCGAUGUUGCUAUGACAACGUCUCUCUUCGCUGCCUUCCCGCCCCCUGCGUGUUCCCGGGGUGCCAGCGAGGUCUCUCAUGCGGAUUCCUCCCGGAGGGCAUUUACCUGCCCAGGAAAGAGAUCGCAGUUUCCUAGCGGAGACUUAAUCAUGGUCUUUUCCCACCUCCCAGGAACAAAUCAUUGCAACCACUUGGGAAACCAUGGGUGGAACCGUGAUUGCUGUCCUAUGCCCGCUGGAGUCUCUUUUCCUUGGCACGUCAACCCCCACUCCGACGUCCCCUUUUCUGCAAGGCUAGAUUGCAAAGGCCCAACCAGCUCCCCGCGCUUAUCCUCGCCCCCACCUUGCAGAGAAGGGCUGAGAGCCACAGCAGCCAGUGCCGCGCAGUCCAAUGACGCACGGCGCCUGCGCGUGGCCUGCCCGGGCGGGAGUGAGCAGGGGGCGGGGUGUGAGCUCUUCGAACCUGGAGGCUGAGCGCCGCGGGGAAGCAGGGUUUUAGACCGAAUGGGAAAGAAGCAGGUGCGUCCUCCACGAGCCCUUCCACCUGUGCCAAGUGCUAUUCAAGGUGAUAUUCCCCUUAGUCGUCCUAAGAAAAAGAAGCCCAGAACAAAAAACACACUAGGUAGCACUUCUUCAGAAGGCCUUGUUCAGGCUCCUGUUCAUAAGCCAUCUGAGGGCAGUGAGCCACCAGCUAAAGAAUCCACAGAACAACCAAAAGAAGCUCCUGUUCCAAGGAGGCAGAGGAAGACGAGGCUACCUCUUGAAUUGGAGACUUCCUUUGCCCAAAAGAAGGCAUCCAAUUCAUCUUUAUUACGAAAUGAAAAUGGUAUUCAUAUGGAGCCAACUGAGGAGGUGGUUAUUCAGAAACCUCGAAGGAAGACAAAGAAAACCCAGCCAGCAGAAUUACAGUAUGCCAAUGAACUAGGAGUAGAAGAUGAAGACAUAAUUACUGAUGAGCAAAGCAGUCCAGAACAACAGUCUAGAUUCACUGUACCCACUGGCAUUAGCCAGCCUGUAGGCAAAGUGUUUGUGGAAAAAAGCCGGAGAUUCCAGGCUGCUGAUCGUUCAGAGUUGAUAAAGACCACAGAAAAUAUAGAGGUGUCAAUGGACGUGAAGCUUUCCUGGACGACCAGAGAUGUUGCACUCUCAGUGCACCGGGCUUUCAGGAUGAUUGGUCUCUUUUCCCAUGGCUUCUUGGCUGGCUGUGCUGUGUGGAAUAUUGUUUUCAUAUAUAUUCUGGCAGGAGAUCAGCUUUCUAACCUCUCAAACCUUCUGCAACAGUAUAAGACCUUAGCAUAUCCAUUCCAGAGUCUUCUCUACUUGCUUUUGGCUCUAAGUACAGUUUCAACUUUUGACAGGAUUGACUUUGCUAAAACAUCAGUAGCAAUCCGAAAUUUUCUUGCCCUGGAUCCUACAGCUUUAGCAUCUUUCUUGUACUUUACUGCUCUUAUAUUAUCUCUGAGUCAGCAAAUGACAAGUGACAGAAUUCACCUUUACACACCUUCGUCUGUUAAUGGUAGCCUCUGGGCAGCAGGAGUUGAGGAACAGGUUCUCCAGCCAUGGAUUGUAGUGAAUCUGGUGGUGGCCCUUCUGGUUGGACUAUCAUGGCUUUUUUUGUCUUACAGGCCAGGCAUGGAUCUUAGUGAAGAGUUGAUGUUCUCCUCUGAUGUGGAAGAAUAUCCUGAAAAAGAUAAAGGACUCAAAGCUUCUUCAUGAUGCCAGCUCACCUUCAGAAUAAUAAUGACCCAGUAUUUAGAAUUUUUCCUAUUCUUGUUUUUAAAUGUAUUUUUAUAAGAUGUGUGCAGGUGUAUUUGGAAUUGAUUUUUUGAUUAUAUAGUACUGAAAAUUUUCUCAAGAUUAUGGAAAAUGUAAAAAUUGUAUCUCCAAUUCAUACCCAAACAUUAAUCUCUUUAGCAUUAUCAUCUUAAUGACAAAGGAGGUAAUGAGCUAGAAAACAGCAGGUGAAUGUGUUUAUUUCCUGUUCUCUCAAGUUAGUUGCAUUUAUAAUCAUUACCUUGAAAAGCUCUAAUACAGAAAAAAACAUUAGUGUUACAAAAUAUAUAUCAGGUUUAAACACAAAAUUUAGGGAGUAGGGAAGAAGGGGUCAAAAGGCCUUUAUGUAUUUUUAAUGUCUCUUUACUGAAUAAAUUAAAAUAUGAAAUUUGUCUUUUUUGAAA